CAAGAUUUCGUCUUCAGUUCCUCGAGGGUAAGGGCGUUAUUUCGUUUCUUAUCUUUAGUGCAAGAACUCUAUAGGUGUAUUUCUACUCCCGUUGUGGUUUCACUUGUUCCCCGUUCGUAGUUGUACUAGUCCUGGAUGAAACUACUAAGUAGAUUUGACCCGUCGCCGUCAAGAAAAUCAACCACAAUCUCAUCUCUAAAACCAUCAUAGGUCCUGUCGUACCUUGUUCAAAACUACGGCAAAACAAAAUAUUUUUUUUUUUGAACCCAAAAGGGUAAGUCACAAACUACCAAAAUGCUUCCUGGCAGUAGUGGUCGAAGCGGGUUGAAUCCCGCGACGUCCUCGUCCUCCGGAGCAGCAGGUGCCACCCCUUCUACUUCCGCAGCCCGACUCUCUCGCAGUCCACGACCACCGACCACCGCUGCGACACCCGGGGUCCCCCGGUCCCCAAGAACCCCCACGAGCGCGCUGUCCCGGCCGAAUUCCUUUCUCCCGAUGCCGAACAAGACGAACCAACCCACCGGCGCCGCGCCCGCCACCACACGACCGGUGGCGACCUCGCCGUUGUCUACGGCGCGGAAAUUGCGGCUCGGGCCAACCGACCUGAGUGUUCUGGAGGAACUGAACUACACAAAACAGUACUUCACGGACCGAGAACUGGAAUUAUCCCAGCAGAUUUCGAAUUUGCUGGCAGAAAAUGGGAGGUUAUGUAAGCAGUUGGACGGGGUCAAGGAAAAGCUGAGAAAUGUGGAGGCGAGAGAGGUGAUUGUUUUUCUUUCAACAUGCCUGCUUUUUCAACAUGCCUGCUUUUUUUGUUGGUGCCUAAGCCUAAUACGGAGUAAACCUUAAAGAGAAUCAUAACUUCAACAUUGACGACCACCUAAUAUGGCUAUGCGAACGUCGGAGUUGUCAAUAUCAUCUGUCUAGUACAUGAUCUUUUUCUGAUUCAACCUUAAAACGUGCAAAGAAAAAGCACUAUUUAUUUUCAAACAAAAAACCACAGAUAAGCGGCAUUGCGGGGCUCCAGAAGGACCUGGAGCGCAACCUGUCGGACCACGAGAAGGAGCUGCAGCGGCUGAUGAAGGAAAACGACAAGCUCGUCCGAGAAAACGACAAAUUGAACGGCCGCGAAAACGCCAAAUCCGACGCUUUACAGGAAUUGAAAGAAAAAAUCGAACAACUCGAGAAACAGCUCGACCAAAAAGACGACAUUUACCGGCAGAUGGAGCUGAAAUACCGGCAAUCCGAGCAGACGUUGAACUACAAGCAGGACGCCCUGGCAGCGGUUGAAAGGGAAAACGUCGCUUUGCGGAAAUUUCAGGCGGAGAUGCGGGAGGCCGGAGAUAGGCAGUUACAAAGAAGCAGUCAGACGUUGGAGCAUAAAUGCGACGAGUUGUUAAUGGAGGCUCUGGACGCGCGGAGAAUCGCCGAAGCGGCGCGGGGCGAUCGGUUCGACAUGGAGCAGAAAUUACUCACCCUGGAAAACGACAGUGAGGGCUUGUUGAAAGAAUUGAAAUUCGUGGAAGGUGUCAACGCGACAACGACAAAAUCCUACCAGCGGCUGGAGGUCGGGUUGUUCCGCAUGCAGGUCAAAACCCGGAAGAAGAAACUUCUCCAGUCCACCUUCGCCCCGUGGAGAUCGCUCGCGAAGCAUUCCGGUGGGAUGAAGACCGAGCAGAAACAGCAGGACAAAUUCGCGAAGCGGUUCUUGCGGCUGCAAAAACGGUUUUUCUUGCGGGUGUACUUCCUAAAAUGGCGGUGCAGGUCGCUGAUCAUCAAGAUCCGGAGGAAGGCGGUGAAAUUCGCCACGGACCACAGCGACAAACAACACUUAGAGCGAACCGGGUUUCUCGCGUGGAAGUACAGCAGUCUGGUCAAAGCGGUGGCGGUCAACUUCGAGAAGUUUGAGACCUACGACAAAAAGCGGGAAAUCUAUCUGAGGCGAAUGGCGGGCAGGUUGUCGACAAGUAGGAAUUUAUCCGGGCUGAUCUUCCGCCAGUGGAAGCAACGAACGACAAAGUUAAACCGGGGGAAGAGGUUGUUAUUAUCCGCGAUGGACACACACACCGCGAACAACCUGGUCCGGGCGGAGUUCACGGCGUGGAAGGUUUUGGUCCACUGCGAAAAGCGGGCGAAUCGCAUCAUCGACGAGAUCGCAACGGCAAAUUUACUAACCGACAUCGACGACAAGGACGAUGGGGAAUUAGUCGCGUCGACGGAAGAGGUGCACCGGGAUCUGUCGGAGAAGGUGAAGAAUUUGUUGGAUCAUCACGCGGCAAACAACGCCUUACUCGCCGCGGAGGACGAGAUCGAGCGCAGAAGGAGUUUGUCCCCGACGUUUGGGUCGUCACGCGGGAGCUCACCGAGAAGAGCAGGAGCAUCUUCCGCAAAGUCGCCCGGUAGAGGAACGACAUCGAAUAACGCAACUUCAUCUAGGAUUUCGUCCCCCGUCCGAGAUUCUCCUUUCGUUCAGAAGGAUCAGCGAGAGCAGGAAAAGAUUUACAAAGCCGCCAGAAGGAUGGACUCCAUCCGCAUCCAAAGAAGACGAGCGCUGUUGCUAAGACGCGCGUUGCUCGGAUUCGACAGCGGCUCAUCUGCGCGAGGAGGAGCUGCGCAUGACCGUAGCACGUCCGCCCCGGCUGGCCCGCGGGUGAUAGUCCACAGGGACGGGGAUAGCCACACGAUUAGUGUCAAUGUGCCGAAUAAUAGGGCGCAGGACGCGACGGCUUUGAAACAACAGAUGGACAACGAAGAGGAGGAGGAAGACUACAGCAACACUGGCAUUUCUAACAAGCGAAGCAGCUCCGCCAGCCCGUCUCGUCGCGGUGUUCUUAAUUCGAACAAAAAUUCAGGACAAGCAAACAAACUUUCGAAUAAACCGCAAACGAAGCUGAAGAUGAUCGCCCCGGGGCGGAUGCUGUUGCAGCGUUGCGUGUUCCAUCUGUGGCGCCAGGCCAAACUUGACAACAAAAUCGACCGGAUUGACAACCAGCAUAAGGAAAAACACCUUCGGAAUUACCACCACAUGCACAACAGCUACGAGCAGCAUUUGCUUUCGAAGUGCUAUUUGUGCUGGAAGCAGCAAACGAAGUCCGCCGUCGCGCAUGAGAGGGUCCAAUCACUGAAACAAGGGCACUGCAAGAAAAUGGCGCUGUACAUGGGGGACGUGAAGGAGGAGAAACUGCAGCAGUACUACUUUAACGCCUGGUACAACAUUGUCGGCGCGGAGAAGGCGGAGAAAGUGAAAAAACAGCUGGAAAAACUCCAGUACGUUUCGACCAACGUGGUGCACCGAGCGACCAGUGACCUCGCCGGCCACAUUACCGAGUCGGGAAUCCGGUUAAUUUUCGACAGUUGGCGCAUGCUCGCGGUGGAUAACAUCCGGGACACAACCGUCGCGAUGGUGAAAAAACGGGAUGGGCAGUUGGACGGCAUGGUCGGGGCGAACUUGUACUUCAACCCUGGGCAUCAUCUGCACACGUAUUUCAAACUCUGGGAGAAGCACACGGUGCAUAAAAACCGGGUGGAGGCGGUGAAGAAGAAGCACAAAUCCAGCUUGGAAUGCGUGGAGGAGUAUUUGUUCAAACGACACAACCACGAGUUAGUCGAUGAAGUCUUCGAUUCUUGGAAAGCUGAAACGCGCGACAUGAAGUCUCUACGCCGGUUGCAGAACGUCGGGAAAUCCAUGGCGGUGUUUCUCGACACGUUAGCGACCAACGUCCUCGGUUACGCAGUCCGCACCAACGGGAUUGGCUGCUACGGAGGCGAAUACGUCGAUACAUCUGCGAAAGCGGCGGAGAGACUCGGCGUGCCGACGGAUCUGGUCGGCGGGGCGGACACUUCGGUCUCCGGAACCGACUACGAGCCGGAGUCCAGACGGGUGGCGGUUGCGCGAAGAUCGAUUUUCAGUCCGCGGAAAAACACGGACUUGCUGGUUGUCCACCCGGAAACGGGCGUGGAUCUCGCGAGUUGCCACUUGCGGCGGACUUCGAUCAACAUGCACAAACUGCUGCGCGGGGACGCCUCGAAAAAGUUUGCGGGCAUCGCCACCAAGAAGCAGUUCACCAGAAUAACUGAUUUGUCUUCGAAACUGAUUUCCGGCCACGUACCCCCGAACGUUUUGGUCAGGUCCCCCAGCCCAAGUUCUCGCGUCCCCGCCGGGGUACAUUCCGCGAACACGGUUUUCCCGGAGAAAAUUGUGCCGCGCGAGCUGAUUUACCAGGAGCCAGCAACUCGACCAGUCUAUAGAAGGAGAAACGGUGAUCAUCCGACAUGAUCAUGGACCGAAGAAAAAUCGCAGCGUACCCUCGUGGAAAGGGUGUUUUUUUUUACGGACCGCAGAAAUGGCACAGCUUUUCCCAGGGUGUGGCAGUGUUUAUUGCGCACAUUAUGCGAGCAGUGCUGAAGCUGAGAAAGGCCGACAAUGGACGGGCGCUUUUGUGACCACAGGCGCUUUGUUUUCAUUGUUGUUGGACGCAUGAAACCACUCCACCUACAUGGACACGAGCGCCCACGCGUUUGGUUCGUCGAGCGCUCUGAUCUCGGCCGGAGCGCGACGCUUGACGAGGGUCGGGCCCAUAGCGUAUAGCAGGCGCGUUUGGACUGUCAUCCCCCGCGUGGUGCGCGCCCAGCUUCGUGCCCCGGCCUUGCCCGCCUCCCUGCCGCGAAGGCGUCGAGGCAUCGACGGGCCGGGGGCCCGGCUCAUUCAAAUCCAGUGGUGGCUGCCUUUUGCGUGCCGCCAUCGCCCACUACAUUUCGGGCAGCAAAAAAAUACACGGGCGCCGGCGGAGAAACGGCGCCGCUACUUACUUGCAAUAAGCAACGGAGGCCAUGCCGUCGGUGCUGAAUUUGCACCGAUGGCACGACGCAGUUUGGUGAAGAGAAAGAACGCGGCGCGACUUUCGCGCCCCCGCUUUAACAUGAAGAGGAUGAAGCACCUUGCUGCGCGGCCGCGGCAGCUGCGGCGUCUCUCUCAUAGUCGGCGUAGGCAGGGACCGCAAUAAACACUCGCUAUGCCAUCACGCAGGGCCCCGGCCUAGCGCCUGCCAAGAAAGAACAAAAGCAGCGCCGCCGCAUAUAAAUUUCGCCCGGCGACGAAGCGCAUGCCCCGCCCGGCGCAGCCGCGGAGCCGGCUCACCUGAGAAGGGCGCAGAACUCCCAAAGCAGCCACAGCGCUGCACCGCCUCGAGCCUGGCUGCCAGUUCCUGCACCGGCCUCGGGCCCCGAACUGUGAGCGGCUGCCCCACUUGUAAUUUGCAGGCCCAGCCUGGAGCCAGGGCUUCCGGGCCUUCAAGGAACAACUGGCGCAGAGCAUACUAUAGCAAGGCGCUGCUUCUUCAUCUUCUUCGACAACGUGCUGCAUUUCUCGCAAAGAAACGCGCUGUCGGAAAUGAGUGCCGGAAGACUACAGAAAAGCAUUGAUCUAAAUGAGAGGCGAAUCACUGAUCAUGAAACAAAAAGACCCUAGUUGAAUGGUGAUCAUCAAACGACUUUUUUGAUUUGAUGAUCACCUUUGUUAGCUCGUGGCAAUGGUGAUCAUCAAGCGACUUUUUUGAUUUGAUGAUCACCAUUCAACUAGGGUCUUUUUGUUUCAUGAUCAGUGACUCGACUCUCAUUUAGAUCAGUGUUUUUCUGUCGUCUUCCGACACUCAUUUCCGACAACGCGUUUCUUUGCGAGAAAUGCAGCACGUUGUCGAAGAAGAUGAAGAAGCAACGCCUUGCUAUAGUAUGCUCUGCGCCAGUUCCUUGAAGGCCCGGAAGCCCUGGCUCCAGGCUGGGCCUGCAAAUUACAAGUGGGGCAGCCGCUCACAGUUCGGGGCCCGAGGCCGGUGCAGGAACUGGCAGCCAGGCUCGAGGCGGUGCAGCGCUGUGGCUGCUUUGGGAGUUCUGCGCCCUUCUCAGGUGUGCCGGCUCCGCGGCUGCGCCGGGCGGGGCAUGCGCUUCGUCGCCGGGCGAAGUUUAUAUAUAUUUGGCGGCGCUGCUUUUGUUCUUUCUUGGCAGGCGCUAGGCCGGGGCCCUGCGUGAUGGCAUAGCGAGUGUUUAUCGCGGUCCGUGCCUGCGCCGACUAUGAGAGACUCGCCGCAGGAGCUGCCGCGGCCGUGCAGCAAGGUGCCUCGCCGUCUUCAUGUUGAAGCCGGGGCGCGAAAGUCGCGCCGCGUUCUUUCUCUUCACCAAACUGCGUCGUGCCGUCGGUGCAAAUUAAGAACCGACGGCAUGGCCUCCGUUGCUUGUUGCUAGUACUUACGUAUCGGAGCCGCUUCUCCGCCGGCUCCGUGUAUUUGCUGCCCUUGGCGGCACGCAAAAGCCAGCCGUCAUCGGAUUUAAGUGCGUGAACCGGGCCCCCGGCCCGUCGAUGCCUUGACGCAUUCGCGGCAGGCGGGCAAGGUCGAGGCACAGAGCCGGGCCCGAACCAGGCGGGGGAUGGCAGUCCAAACGAACCGGCUCUACGCUAUGGCCCCGACCCUCUUCAAGCGCCGCGCCCCGGCCGAGGUAAGAGCGCUCGACGACCAAAACGCGUGGGCGCUCGUGGCCAGACGGGAAGAGUGGUUUCAUGCGCCCAGCAACCAUGAAAACUAAGCACCUGGGGCCCCCGAAGCGUCCGGCCAUUGUCGGCCUUUCCCAUCUCCAGCACUGCUCGCAUAAUGUGCGCAGUGAACACUGCCACACUCUGCGAAAAGCUGCGCCAUUUUUUCGGUCCGUUAAAAAGCAAACCCGUUCCGCGAGGGUGUGCUGCGAUUUUUCUUUGGUAGAUGAUCACUGUCGGCGAUCACCAUUUCUCCUUCUAUACAGUCUCUCCGCAGCCGGAAAGCCGAGUGGUACUGGAAGUGGACAAUAGAGGCCCUGAGCCGCAUGCCGAAGUGAAAUCGAAAGGGUAUUUGGUGUCUGGAUCCGCGAGUUCUGCAAAAUCCGAAGCGAGAAGAUCCCCACAGUACGUGCAGGGCGGUAGGAGCUACUUAAGUUCAAAUCCACCGUUCGCCUUCAAAGCCUCCGCUGCUGGCGCAUCCACUGCGAGUCAGGCGAGCAGUGCGGCGACCGGGGCUGCGGCGAGCAGUUCUGUGAUCCAGAACAAGUACAACAGCAACGCUAGUAGAUCAACACCGCAGACGCAAUUGUUCCAGCCUGCAGGGAGAUCUACAGCUCAAAUGGUCCAAGCUGGUGGCGCAAUAACAUCUUCAGCAGCCGGUGGAGUGGUCCCGCCCACGAUCUUGAAUAACGUGCCAUAUCCACCGUCCACGCCAACAAAACACACGAAUAAACUAAUCCCGGCAACCGUCACGGAUUUACCGUCCGCGAUUGAAAUACCGGAGGAGAGAAAACUCCCUUUGCUCUCCCCCCGUCUCCCGCCCAUCGACUUGGCGGAGGACCAAGACACCGUCGGGCAGUACCUGGCCGCGUUUGAGACGGAAAUCACAGAGUCUAUGGAAGACUUCAGCCACUUCUUCAUCACCGACUUACUCGACCACGCGCACGACAGCCGGACAAACCGAGAUUUGUGUCAGCUAGUGUUCGGCGCCUGGCACCUGCGGGUCCACGUUGCGAAGGAGGAGAAUGAAGCGUCAGGGAAGUUACAAGAGAUGCGGAAGGAAAUGAUGCAGAACAAAUCAACAGUUUUCGCGUUAGUCGACAAAAACGACACGCUGAAAAUGGCGGGAGUUGUUUUCGGCGAGUGGAAGGCGAUGACCCUGCAGGAAAAAGCCUUCCGGUCCGAGCAAUUCGCGAGGCAAUGCGCUUUAAAAGUGAUGUCCCGCAUGGGCGUCGACCUAUUCGGGCAGCAAACGAGUUUCAUGACUUCAGACAUCGUCCGGGAAUGGGCGCACAUCACAAGACAGGCGAAGGCGGAGAAGGUUCUGCACCAAGAAAUGGAGAAGAAGCGGGAACAGGUGGAAAAAGGGUGGAAAUUUGCGAAAACAAGAAGGUUAAUCGCGAUGGACGACCCAGACGUGUUGAAGCAAGCUUGUUUUGCCGGCUGGCACGUUCUCUCCGUGGAUGCGAGUAACGCGAAAUCCAUGCAGAAAAUUCUCGUGGACAAGAAAAACACGUCGAUGAAAGUGAUGAAAUCCAUGGAAUUGAACGCGAAAGAAUCGGCUGCGUUGAUGACCUCUGCGUUCCACUACUGGAAAUUUUCCGUCGAGACUCGCAAGGGGGACGAGGAUCACGAGCAGGCUAUGGAGAAAAUGAAACAGGAGCUGGGGCACCAGAAGAUGAUCGAAGUCCGGUUUUGGGAGGAAAAGUCGAACGCAAGGUUAACCGCGAAGGAAAAAAUCAUCAUCAAAGCGGUGAAACACUUCAUCCUCGAGCACCACAUGAAAGCGUGGCGAAAGUUGACGCACGAUGAAAAAUACCAGCGGAAACACGAAGAGGCGCAGCGGUAUUACAAAAGGGCGUUUAAGACCUUCGACGCGCUGUGCAGUGAAACUCUCCAUGGUUUGAAGCAAAAUGCCAUGGAUCUGUGGAAGCAAGUCGUAAAACAGAUCAAGAACAACCGCGAGUCCGACGCGAUGGAGAGUAAAUUGAAAGAAGUAGCAACUGAAUCUGGGUUCACCCGACUUCAAAUCGCCUUCGCGCAAGACCCGGGGUCUAUUCUCCGGAACGCUAUGCGGCAUUGGACGGACUUGUACAAGAAGAACAAAACGGAUAAGGCAAGGGACGCGUUGGCGGACCAGUUGAAUGAUGUCUCCAGACAGCAGAUGGUCUCUAGACUCAAAGUUGCUUUCGGGCACAAGUCCGCCACUAUGCUGAUGGAGAUGAUGUGGAGGGAGUGGAAAAAGUACAUUUUCGACCAGCAAAUGGCGCGGGAAAAGGAAAAAAUCAAACAGUCCAUGAACAACUACGCGACUCAAGCGGUCUUCACCGCCGCGAAUAAGGACGCGCGGGCGACUAUGCAUUGCAAACUUGUCUGCGUCUGGGAGACUCCGAGAUUUGUCAUGCAAGUUUUCCAAGCUCUAGCUCCCUCAAGUCUGGAAUGCGGGGCCGAGCAUCACAGGUUCUCCUGCCCCUCCGUGAUGCCUAUUCUGCAUGAGAAAUACCCACUCAGCAUGACCAGAAGUGAGCACCUAAUGCCAGUCAUGCAACACAGAUCUUUGUAUGGUCCACAACUCGCAUCACAAGUUCGGGUCCUUCCAGACCCAGACAUUGUUGCAUUCGAUAGCGACGAAGACCAUGGUGUUCAAAGCCUGGGCGGAGCAGACGAAGGUGGAGCAGGAAAUGCAGGCGAUGAAUGGGAGGUUAUUGGAGUUGAAAUCAACUUUGGGCGCAAUCCGCUUGUGGGGGAAGUUUGGCGGGGUCGCGGACGAGUCGGAAUUGCUGAAGAAGUUCGUCGAAUUGUGGCACGACACGGCGGUCGAAGAGAAGAAAGAAAGAUUACUCCGGGAGGCAAAGUUGCAGACGAAGGACGUCGCGUUUUCCUUCGCGCAAACCAAGGUGGAACACGCCGCGGAGUUCUUGAAGUUGCGAACCAUCAUCGCCUGGCAGGAUGUCGUGAAAAACGGAGCGAAAAUGGCGGAAAUCGAGACCGUGGUCGUGAAAAUGGUACUGAUAGUUGUAGCUUUUUUUAUGCAUUACGCAAUAAUUCAAAUUUCAUCUCGUAAUAUGCUGAAUCAAUUUGUAAUCCAAAAAAAAAUCAAAACAGAACCUCGCCCAAGAGCGCGCGAAGAAGCACGCGCUGGACUUCGCCACCAAGCUGCACAGUUGGCAACAAAGGGUAACGUUUCAAACUUGGGCGGGAUUCACAGCGCAGGAGAAGCAACGACGCGAGGACGAAGCGGUAGAGAAAAAGAAGCAGGAGGCGCAAAAAUCGGCAAGUUACAGGCGACUCCAACUCGCGCUAGCGCAGAACGAUAAGAAUUUGCAGUUGCAGAUUUUAAGAAUCUGGAAGGAAAUCAUCUACCAGGCAACUCUCGCGAAGACGGAAGCACUGAAGGAAAAAAUCGAGAUCAAAUCGAUUACCAACGCGGAGAGGCUACUCAAAUCCCUCCACAACAUGAUCGACAUCACGGACAGCACGCAAUUAAAAACGAUCUUUUUCAAAGCCUGGAAGGAAUCCACGAAGCACGAAAGAUUCCGCUUCGUCACGGACAAGUUGAAAGGGCACUUGAAAAACGUCCAAACCAGGUCGGUCGUUGGGAAACUCGAUCUCCACACCGACCGUGGUAAGCGGAAGGUGGUCCACGCGUGGCACAAACUCGCGCUGCACGGGAUCCAUGAGGUCCGGGUGAAGCAGCACCGGCAGAAGCACAGCACGGAUAAGGAGAAAUUCAGCAACGGGGUCGAUGUUCUGUUCUUACAGCACCUCGCCGGCCGGUCGAUGCACACGAUUUUCGACGUGUGGCUGCGGUACGUGAAGGAGCAGAAGAAAAAGAAGGCGAUGGCGGCGAUCGCGGCGUUGACCGAGAAAAACGCGAAAUUUGCGGCGGCGGAACUUUACGGCUACUUCAAGCAGUGGCGGGACGGCAUGCGGUACCACAACGCGCAUAAGAGCAAUGAGGACCGACAUUUUGACCAGAAGGAUAAAUUAAUCGCGACCCACCACAUCAAGUCCAUCAAGAAGCUGAGUUUCCAGGGCUGGCGCACGGAGAUUGUGAAGCAGAAACGGAUCGAGAAGCAUUUCGCGUAUUUGUUGGACGCGACGACGUAUGAACUGCAAAAGUAUCGUACUCGUAUAAAUGCAUGACAAAUGCCCUCAGCAUGAGAGUGAAAAUUUGUAAUGCGGAUUUGCCUUCAGAACAAGAUUUGUAAUGCAAGACUUGCAUUUAUACGAAUACGAUACUUUUGCACAGGAUACGACGAAGCAUUUAAUGUCGUACGUGAUGCAAUCCUGGCAGACGUUGAUCCACUAUGAAAUGCAAAAAUUAUGUCUGGGUCUGGAAACUUGUGAUGCUAAAAUGUGCAUGAUGAAAACACUUCCGAAUGCAGUCCGGCAUGACAACUUCCCAAAACGCUUUCUCAUAGGCAAUCCGCAUGAGAAACUGCGACUUUGCAUGACAAAAGAGGCUGCGACUUUUGUUCGUAUAUGCAAUACAGAUUUUCUAGGUAUGAAAAGCUAGCAUUACAAGUCCCAACCUUCCAGAUCCAGACAUUUUUACAAUCCAUAUCCACGUCGACAAGGUAGACAAGCUCCAGUACAGCGAGAUUCGCACCCGGAAAGCCUUGUCCCGGGUGGGCGCCGCGUUCUCCGCUGCGCACGACGCGAAGUUGUGUAUUCAGAUCUUCCACGCGUGGCGACACUGCGUCAAGCACUCCGCCCAUGUCGGUUUGCAACUGCAAAGGGAAGCGGAUCGAAACAUGUACUUGGCGCACAUGUUCAAACUGAGCGACCGACACCAGAGACGGGCGAAGUUGUUCAGUUCGUUCACCCGGUUGGCGUUGAACGCGAACUUGAAGAAGGCGACAACGGCGAAAUUGUCCUUGGUUCACGCCUAUGCAUUGCAAAAGUAUCGUACUAGUAUGAAUUGCAAUACAAAUUUCCUCACCAUGAGAAAUAAAAUUUGUAAUGCGGAUUUAACUUGAGAAAGAAAUUUGUGAUGCAUGAAUGGGAUUACUACGAGUACGAUGCUUUUGCACAGGAUAACGCCCGGAACGAUUUGAACAACAUGUCGCUGUUAUCCGAGAUCCUUUACCGGUGGAAGUUAGUCUGCGCGGAAUCGCGGUUCCAGCUGACCGAAUCAUUGACGGAUUUUUCGGCCUCGAAGCACAAAUUGCGCAAAGUGCAUCUCUUCCGGACGUGGCGGAUGCGGCGAAUGCAGGCGUCGUUCGCAAGAAUGCACGCGGAGAAACUCGGGGACGUGAAGCAGAAGCUCUUAAUGAACCGGGUUUUGCUCCAGUGGUUCAUUGUCACCAUCCCGAUGAAGCAGCUGAGCGAGCGGCACGAGAUGUGCGUGGACAAUUUAGAACGCAUGCUCGCGGAGCAGAACUUCGCGAAGUCCAUGCGACCCAUUCUCCGCCGGUGGAGCUUGAUCGCGCACAGAGCAAACGUGUUGCGGUACUACAGGAAUUGCAGGCGGGAAUUACUCGCGAAAGCGACGUUCGCGAGUUGGGAUGGGAUUACGAAGCAAAAGAUCGCGCGGGAUAGAUUGCGUGGCGCCUCGGCCUCCGGACGGUCGGUGAUUAAUUCCAGUCCUGGGGCGGCGCUGGGGCUUGGAGGCAUGAUGAUGGGAGGUGGUGGCUCAGCUUCUCGCAGAAGCACUACAACCGGAAGAGGAGUAUCAAGCCGCAAUGUUGAGCCUACACUGUCAUCGCAAGUAGAUCGGGAAACAACAACCAAUUUCGUCAGCAAUAUAAUGCAGGACCGAUCAAUAAACGCAGGCCCGCGUUCGUACUCGAACCAGAACAACACACGCGCAUCGACCACCCGCCGGUCUUCCACCCGCGCGUUGAACCUCCCGCCGGCACGGGCGGAAAGUCCAAUGUUGCGGAACAACCGGGUCCUCAAUCCACGAACCUCACGCGGAGGCGGAAAUAUGAACCGGUCCGCAAACCCGUUUGCGGCCUUCGGGCAGCCGGACGAUGGUGCUACGGACGACGUGGACGACAUCGAUCCCAGCGGAAGCGUACAGAGCAGCUCGGCAAGCGAAGACUUGUAUUAUUAGAUAGAAGGUCCGCAAGGAGGAGAGAUCAUUAACAUUAGGAAAUGCAAGAUCGUUUGGCGCUUCGGGCUUAUGAAAGUACAGUCAACUUCAACUUCUGAGCAUGUAAGUAAUAUGCAAUUGAGCUGUGCACGAUCCAGCUCAAUGAACUUUGUCGUUGCAGCUUCAUGUUAUUUGCGAAGAAAUAGAAAUCAUCCGGCUUAAAAGUAACCUUAACAGAGCUUAUUUCUACUCUAACUACCAUGUUCUUGACGACACGUCGACGCACCGUCGUGAAUUUUACUGUUUAUUUCUACAGGUUUUCGUUUCUUUCGUUUUCUAGUUUAAAGCAGGUAACAAAAGUAACAACAAAACAUUGCUCGGAAUCUCUUUUGGAUUAUUUUACAUUGCAAUAACAAUACCCUCUACAGCCUCUAGUUGUGCUACUGCUACAACGAACAGCAUAAAUAGGUUUUCUGUACUACGCAGUUGCUUUUUCGUGUACGAUAUUGCUUUUGUCUUGAACUUGAUUUUCGCCGGCUUCACUUGUAAACAAAAAUUUGAUUUUUGUACAAUUAUUCCAAGCGAUAGCGAUAUUGAUUUACUCUCAUUUGAAUUUCUUUCAAAAGUAGGUCAACUGUGCUCGCAAUUUUUUUUGAUUUGAAAAUAACAGACACGAAGAUGUUGAGGGACAACUACCCACUCUACCCCCUCAAAUCCCCCCGCGUUUCUUGGCAGGAGCCCUGCUUCGAUUUUUCAAAAAGGUGACAUGUACAUUUUUUUGCCGCACAAUAGUUCUUCAGGUUCUUUUCUUUCAUUUUUUUCGAAACUUACAACUAUAGGAUGAAUAUUCGGAAUCUAUCAAACAAAAUGUCCACGAAAAAAAUACGUUGAUGAAAAGCGUCGUAUGAGAAGAAUUUUACACCUUAAUCAAACUAACCUUUGCAUGGAUAUGAAGAUCAAGGGGUGAAGAUGCGCAUCAAUCUCUGAUGGGGUUGUGUCACCAUCUUCCCUUGUGCCUCUUCUUUUCCUGUCACUUAGUUCAAAUGCCAAUAAUGU